AUGAAGCUGUUCCUCAUCUGGUCGAGUUUUUCGAUUAUAACAGCCUUCAAUCGAAUCCAGUCCAACUCAGAAAAUGAAUCGAAAACUUCUCUCAAUCUCUGCAUUUCUCAAAUUGCUUCCAAAUAUUACGCAAAGAACAACCCAGUAACGAUAUCGUUUUUGGGUGCCAAAAAGCCCCAAGAUUAUAGGACUGUGUCUGAUCCUGUGGAAGAAUUGAUACCCAUGCUCAGCAACACUAUGAAAUGGUCUCUGAAUGUAAAGACCAUCAAAAAACAUAAUUUUUCUACCAUCAACUAUACAAAGAAUCGUUUGAUUUCGAAAUAUUUCAUCAUUUACUUAUGGGAUGCUCUCCGAGAGAACACCAAUUUUGGUAAUCAUUUCUGGAAACCAUUGGAAGCUAAAUUCAUAGUUGGUUCAUUGAAUAUCUUCAGAAAUGAUUCACAAGUCAUCGAGAGACUCAUUCAGCCCCUCUGGAAAAAUAAUGUCAUCAAUGGACUUGUUUUGGUUCCAAGACCUGAAAAUCCAGUGGUUUUCAACAUUAUGAGAUGGUAUCCUUUCAAAAAAGAUAAUUGUGGAAAAGAUGCUGGUACAAUCAAGAUUGCUUGCCAAUGUUCUUAUGGAAUAUUGUCAACUGAUACCAGUCUCUUCAAGAAGAGGGCUAUUUUGCCGAAGUCUAUGGAAGGAUGUUUGUUAGUUGCAGGAUACAGAAAGAGACAAGGUUAUAUUAUGAAUAUAAAAAAUGGCACCAUAGGAAACAGAGACUUCAUGAAUACUGAACACGGAAUCGAGGUAAAUCUGGUGAAUUUCAUAGCUAGGCGUCUAGAAUUGAAAGUACUUUACAUAGAAACACCGAUAGGAGAGGUAUACCUCAAUGGAACUGUAACUGGAAGUUUGAAGUUGUUGAUGGAUUCAAAAAUCGACAUAGCCUUGGCAGCAUAUACAAUGACAGCUGAGAGGCUCUUUGUUUUUGAUGGCACAACACCCUAUUUAGGAGAUUAUUUGCUGUGGUGUGUCCCAAGGGAAUUCGUGAAGGAUGAUAAACUGAAGUUGAGAAUUGACAUAGUGACAUCGUUUUUGAUCCUUUCACUGAUAAUCACGUCAGGGGUUGCGAUGUGGUUAAUCAGUUUGUGGGAACAUGGUGAAGGUGAGAAAAAACUUGGGAGACUUCUGAUCUGGUUGAUAUCGAUAGUUGCAGGAGUCCCACUUCAUAAAAAACUCAGGAGUUUCAAAUUACGAAUGACUUUCAUAAGUUUAAUGGUGUUUAUAAUAAUAGUUGAUUUCAUUUUUCAAUCACUUCUGAUCAGUGCUUUGGCCAAUACAUCAUCUAGAGAAAAAUACGGAACUUUUGAUGAUAUCUACAAGUAUAAUUUAACAACCUACUUCUUGGAUAAUGUGAUCAGAUAUUUUCAAGGAGACGAAUACCAGUUGGUUCGUGAUAAGUGGGUAAAUUGUGAGGGCAUAGAAAAAUGCAUGACUCUAGUAGCAGAAAGGAGGGAUAGUGCAUUAUGCGCUACUCAUAUCAUGACUAAAGUACUGUCGAAAAAAUUGGUAUCCGUAAAUUCAAAUGCACCCUUGGUUUAUUGCUAUGGAAAUAUAGUUUCCAUGUCACCGAUGAUAAUCCUAAAGAAAUCAUCAUUUUUAUCGCAAUCCUUUGACACGUUGAUACAAACUGCUAAAGAGUGUGGAUUGAUCCACAAAUGGAAGAGAGAUGUUUUGAACAACAGGUACUAUGGAACCGAAACGUUAGAAAUCGAUGCAGACGUAGAAGAUAGUAAUGUCAUGCUUACUCUUGGACAUUUGUUACCUGUAUUUUUAUCAUUGUUAACAGCACAUGUUGUUUCUUUCUUGGUAUUUAUUCUAGAGCUAUUGGUACAGAAGAAGAAAGCUCACUGUUCACUUCCAAAACGACCUAUGUUUGUACUCUGA